AUGGCUAAUCAGGAUUUUGAAGAGAGAACUGAUGCUGGAGCAUACUUUGUAAGUAGUACUGGUGGAGCUGGAAGUGGGAGUGUUGAAUCUUCUACACGUGUUCAAAAGGGUGCAACGCAACAAAGUAUGCUUAGAUUUUUGAAUUCCAAAGUAGACAAUGAGGAAGGACCAAAGGUGGAAGAAAAGAUGACACCAGCUGUUACUAAAGAGCAACGCAACAAAGUUUGUUUAGACAUUGGAAGAUUUUUUUAUGAGAACAGAAUCCAUUUUAAUGUUGCAACAAGUACUUCAUUCGCUAGCAUGCUCCGAUCAGUUGGUAACUAUGGUCGAGGAUUGAAACCUCCAACCAUGUAUGAGUUGAGGACUUGGAUACUGCAAGAAGAAGUAAAUACAACAAAAGCACUUGUGGCAGGCAUAAAAGAUACAUGGAAGAGUACUGGAGUGUCGUUGUUAUCAGAUGGUUGCUCUGAUAUGAGAAAUAGAAGUCUCAUCAACUUUUUGGUGAACAAUCCACAUGGUACAGUUUUCUUGAAGACGGUUGAUGCAUCCGAUUGUAUCAAGAAUGCUGACAAAUUAUUUGAGUUGCUUGAUGCGGUGAUUGAAGAAAUUGGUGAAGACAAUGUUGUUCAAGUCGUGACUGAUAAUGCAAGUGCAUACAAAAAGGCUGGAGAGUUGUUGAUGGAGAAGAGGAAAUCUUUGUAUUGGACCCCAUAUGCUGCUCAUUGCAUUGACUUAAUGCUUGAGAAAAUUACGGAGUUGACCCAACUAAAAAGAGCUUUGAUUAAAGCAAAAAAAUUAGCUACUUCAUUUAUAACCAUCAGUGGAACCAUUACAACAAAUGUUUUUUCAAGGGAAUGGAAUAGUUGUGCUUGGGCAAAGAAAGCUGAUGGAAUUGAGGCACUUGUCGAGGUUUUGAGGAUUGUUGAUGGGGAGCGGUCACCGGCUAUGGCUUUUAUUUAUGGUGCGAUGGAUGAAUGCAAGGAAAAAAUUGCAAGUAACUUUGAUAAUAAAGAGUCUUCUUAUAAAGAGAUUUGGGAUAUCAUUGAUGAAAAAUGGUAA